AUGCAAACUGCUCAAGCGAAACAAUACGGGUGGUGGCAGAGAUGGGCGACUCCAUAUAUUCAUUUGGCACUUAAAACACCACCCGAAUAUGUCUUAUCCCUUUUCGCGCAAGACGGAUAUAAUCUGCCCAUUCCAGAUGUAAUUAUAUCGGUCAAUACAACAGGUGAUACUGAUUACGAACGAAAAGCGGAUGAUAACAUACAUGAAAAAGUUAUACAGGCAUUGAAGACAGGAUUGGCUGCUGCGGCAAGAAUAGCAAACGCUUGGGUAACAACUGCAGGGCUAAAUCUGGCUCCCGUUCAGUGGGUUGGUGAAGCACUGACCAAUGAUACUUAUGGUGUUGAUUUGCCUUGUAUUGGUUUUUGCAGUUGGGGAUACACUGCAGAUAAUGAUUUACUUGCCGAUAUCCCACUAGCUGUUACAACAACGCUCUCCAUGGAAACAUCCGUCCAGUCGCCGUUAUCAUCCAUUCGCAUUGAAAAUUAUAUUAAGCAAUAUCCAAGAAAAGAAAAUCGUGAUAAUUUAGACAAAACAUUGUUUGGUAACUGUGAUUUAGAACCAAAUCAUACACAUUUUCUGUUAUUUGAUGAUAACACAUCAGAUCGAAAAAACGUUAUAGAAGCACGUACACAAAUUGAGCAAUUAUUUAGCACAACUUAUUAUACUAAUAUACCAAUUGUAAUGAUAUUAAUUGGAGGUGAUUAUUGGUCAUUCGUGGCUUUAUGCGCGGCAGUGAACGUCGGCACACCUGUUAUUAUUGUUAAACAUACCCAAGGUCUGGCUAAAGUCUUAACAAAAGUAAUUAAAUCCUUCAAUUUGUAUGAAAAACUUCAAGACGAUAAUAUGAAAAAUGUUCAUGGCGAAAAUUAUAAAAAGAUAAUCGAAGAUUUGAAAUCGUUGAGUCCCACUUUUAAUGGACAGAUCGGAGCAGAUACACAGGAAGCUAAUAAAAUACUUGAAGAUAAUAUUGAAAUUUUACGUAAAAAUAAAAAUUUAAUUGUUAUAUUUGAUGCGAACAAAGCACAUAAUCUGGAAGAUGCUAUUGCCGAUGCUUUGUUACAGAGUAUACUAAAAAAACAAAAACAAGCAAUCGCUCAGUUAGAUGAAAAAAAAUUUGAUUUAACAAAGGUGGAAGAAAUACAAUGGGCGAUGAUUUGGAAUAAAGUCGAAUAUGCAAGAAAACAUAUUCUAAAUGAUGAAGAAGAAGAAUUCACGUUAACUCAAUGUUAUGUGAAUAAUGAUCAAUUGCCAUAUACAAAGACAUCUGAUGAUGAAGGAGAAAAUACACUACAGAUUUAUAUAGAUCAGUAUUUAAAACCGUCGAAGAAUAUAGCAUCCCGCGUUCAUGGUAGGGCUGAAGAAUUAUUUUUAUGGUAUAUAUUCAUGAAUCGAUUUGACAUGGCCCAAUGUUUGUGUUCUCAAAUUCGAAGUCCAGUUGUAGCCUGUUUACUUGGUUCAAAAAUUUAUCGUACAGCUGCAAAACAUCAUGACAGACAGUGUGACAAAGAAUUAGAACAAGAUUAUUUUAAUAAAUCAAAGUAUGCUAAAAUGAACACUACUUUUUGA